ACAUAAAACCUUUCCCCCUUUCACUCUCCUCCGACUCACCCAUCUCUUCUCGGUCUCUGUCCGCAUCUCCACAAAAGCAAAAGCCAAGGACGAACAAGAGAGAGAAGACGAAUUUUGAUCGACAAAGUGAGGAUCCAGAGGAUAGGAUGGGCCAGAAGUCGCUGAUCUACGCUUUCGUGUCUCGCGGGCCGGUGGUUCUGUCGGAGUUCACGGAAUUCACUGGGAAUUUCAAUUCCAUAGCGUUACAGUGCCUCCAGAAGCUCCCCACCACCACCAACAAGUUCACUUACAACUGCGACGCUCACACCUUCAACUACCUUGUCGAUAACGGAUUCACUUAUUGUGUAGUGGCAGAUGAGACAGUUGGAAGACAAAUUCCAAUGGCUUUUCUGGAGCGUGUUAAGGAUGACUUUGUGUCAAGAUAUGGGGGUGGCAUGGCUGUAACUUCUCCUGCGAACAGCCUAAACAAGGAAUUUGGAUCAAAGUUAAAGGAACAUAUGCAGUACUGUGUGGAGCAUCCUGAAGAGAUAAGCAAACUUGCGAAGGUGAAGGCUCAAGUUUCAGAAGUCAAAGGUGUUAUGAUGGAGAAUAUUGAAAAGGUUUUGGAUCGUGGGGGAAAGAUAGAGCUUUUGGUGGAUAAAACUGAGAACCUCCAUCACCAGGCACAAGAUUUCCAGAGUUCAGGGAUGAAUAUGAGGAGGAAGAUUUGGCUUCAAAACAUGAAGAUCAAGCUCAUUGUCUUGGGGAUUCUGAUAGCUUUGAUCCUUGUUGUAAUCCUUUCUGCUUGUGGUGGGUUCAACUGCGGAAAAAAGUGAGCACCUUUCUAUGAGGACCAUAUAAAGGAAGAAUAGGAUUUGUGCGUGUUUAUUGCAGGCCUUUUGCAAUUACGCCCAAAAAUGUAUAUGUAGCUGGAAAACCAAUUAAAUACUGCCUAAUAUUGGUGCAAAGAAAACUAAUUCUUGCCAGCUGAAGACCUUGUAAAGUCGUAGUUAUACCAGAAAAUUGUGUCGGAAAAGAUGAAAUCACAGUGAAUGGUUGGAUUGAGAAAUA